GCUACUAAAGCGCCCUCCGGGCUCGUCUGGGUCGCUCGCGGAGCCGGGCCUCCUCCGCGAAACUCCCUGAAAAAGGGAGCCGUUUUCCCCGCCAACCAUGGGAGACAGAGGCAGGAGUCCAGAGGGUCCUCCCGACAGGAGCUCGGACGGAGAGCCGCAGAGCGACUCCUAUUUUUCCGACGACUUCGAAAACUCGUCGGCCGCGUCCGACCGGUCCUUCCUGCGGACCUGCCCCUCUCCGGGCGGGACCGGCCCGAAGAAAGAGGGCCAAAGCCAGAGGCGGGCGACUCCGGGCGCUUCCCCCGGCCCUUACGCGGUUCCGAGGAAAAGCACCUUGAAAUGUCCGGCCAACGGGAGGGGGAUCCGGCCGGGUCGCCGGGCCCAGAGCCUCGGCAGAGAGCCCCCGCCGAAAGCGAUCGAUCUCCUCACGAGGCGGGUCCUGUCCGCCCGGCUGCUGCGGAUCGGGCAGCUGCAGAACGAAGCGACCGAGCUGCGGGUCAAGCUGGCCGAGCUGCAGAAGGAGAACAAGGCCCUGAAGAGGCUGCAGUACCGCCAGGAGAAAGCCCUCGACAGGUUCGAGGACACGGAGAACGAGAUCUCGCAGCUGCUCGCCCGGCACGGCAACGAGGCGAAGGCGCUGAGGGAGCAGCUGAGGAAGUCGCAGGAGAAGGAGAGGGCCACGGAGAGGAGGGUGAAGGAGGCGGAGUGCGAGCUGUACCGGACGAAACGAGCCCUGCAGAAGCUGAAGAAGCUGUCCGAGGCCAGGCAUCUCCCGGAACGAGACCGGCUGGCCAGGAAACUGGCCUUGGCGGAGGCCAAGUUAGACGAUACCGAGAGGAGGGUUAAGGAGAUGGCUAAGAACCUUGAGCUGAGCAAUAGCAGUUUCCAGCGACAGUUACACUCCGAAAAGAGGAAGACCCAGUCGGCUCAGGAGGAAAAUAAAACCCUCAAACUGGAGCUCCAGCGGCUCUGUCAAAAACUCAAGGAAAAAGAGCGGGAACUGGAUGUAAAAAACAUCUACUCCAACCGACUGGCGAAAGCGUCUCCCAAGAGGGACCACGACCUCUCCCCGAGGAAAAGAGCCGCAAGCCAGGAUACCUUGAAAGAAGAGCUGAUGAAAGGAGAGCAGGCGACCAAAGCAGUGCAGACCGGGGACUCCUUCCCCCCGGAAGACUUUCCGGCCCAACCGUCUUUCGUCUCCGUGGACGGAACAGGACGGGGCAACCGCGAACCGGCGUAUCGAGUGAACAAAUCACAGCAGGAACAGGAGAAGCCGCUGAGGGGAGAAGCAGAGACCCCGAGACAGAGCUUAAAACUGGAAGAAAAGCGUGCAAGAGAUCCAAACUUCCAAGCUGUAAAGCAGAAAGCCGAGACGUCGCACGACGAAUCCGAAAGAGAACAGCUCGUUAGGAGACCAAAAGCACAUCUCUUCUUAACCGAUAGAGAAGCGAGGCCCCAGGCGGACCCCGAGGCCUACCCGUCGGGACACGGACGGCAGCCCGGGGAGAAUUCGGAAGAGAUGCAGAAGGAGCUGCUGCUUGCCAAGCUGAAUGAGAUCGACAGAGAAAUUCAGAAUUCCCUGAGUUUCAAGCGCUCCCCCCCGCCCCUGCCCCCCGAGUCUGAAUCGGGCUCUCCGGAGAAGCACGGGAAGACUCCCGGGCUCUCCCGGUCCCCCGGAGGGCUACCCAACGGGCCCCUCCACCUCCGGGGCGGCGGCCAGCAGUCCAGGAGUCUGAGGAGCUCGGACCCCGACGACCCCCUGACAUUCGGGGGCUACGUCCCCUCUUUCGGGAGGAUGCCGGGACGGUCCGGACCGUCCAGUCCACAGAGCGGCUUCCCGGACCCGGAAAGCGGCGGCGCGGCGACAGCCCGCAGAGAGGACGCGGACCGGAGCUCGAGGGAGGAGAGGAAGUGGAACCUGAUGGAGCAGCUGUUCGGGCCCGGGGUCCAGAGGCCCGGCGACUCCCGGGCCGUCGGCGCCAGCGGAGGGGAUUUCGAGCCACCCCCCGGCCCCGCCCGGGAGAAGGGCGGCCAGGACAGGGCCGCCGGCGAGGAGGACGACGGCUCUGCCCUCAGAGGAGGGCGGAGUUGUCAUCCCAACGGGCACCGUUUGAAACCCCCCAACCGCCGACCGUCGGGCUCCUCAGAAGAGGAAAUUGAGGAAGUCACCCUGAGAUAGGCGGCCCCCGUCUCGUCGCCGUCAACGUCGCCCGAUUCGGGAUCUCUUCAAGGCGUCAGCGGCCCUAGGUUUGCAGAAGGAAAAAACCAACCCGGGGAAGGAACGACGUCGGAGGGGUCGGGGACGGCAGGGGCGGAGAGGAUAAAACCCCAGCCGGCUCGGGGGUCAGAGGUGGAGCGGAGAGCCGAAGCGAGACGACGCGGUAUCGACCGGAGACGGGUUUUCCUUCUGCCCUCCCGCGGGGCUCGGGGAGUUUUCCCGCUCAGAGCUUAAGAGAUUCGCCCUCAACGGAGGGAAGAAUUGAGCGGGAGAGACGCACUUUCAUUCCAGAAAGCCAGUUCUAGGGCUUCUCCAUCCAACAUUCCUGGGGACGGUGAGUCGUGGGGACCGAAAGGGUUCGGGGGCCACUGGAGUGCCUUGUUGUUAAGUUUCUUUCUGGUACCCGGAAUUGGGAGGAGGAGGAGGAGGAACGUAGGGGAGAGAACGCAGACAGAACCUGAAUUCCUUGACUUUAGGAGCUCUGAACUCUUAGGUCGGCUUGAUCCGUCUCCCUUUUUCUCUCUUUCCCUACAUUUGUGAACCUUUUCCCCUCUGUUUCCCAACGGGGAACCAUCAAGCCAAGCAAGAGGUCGGUUGACUCCCUUCGGACCCUCCUGGGGUGUUUCCUGUUCCCUCAGGACAACUUUGACACAUCCUCCGUCAGUCUUUCAAUCGUUUAAACACCUUGUCUGUGCGGACAGAUGUCUCGUUCAAAUGACCCUGCCAACGCUUUGGAAUGAAACCCUCCCGGUCAUCGAGAGAAAAGGCCUCGUCACCGUGGAAUUUCCCGAAAUCGCCUGGCCGCCCCGGGGUGGGCGGCACGGAGCCGGGUCCUGGGAGAAGCGCCCUGCCCAAGGAGCCGUGAAGUAAAUCUCGAAGACUCUCGGUUUUCCAUUUUUCUGCUUUGCCCCAACGGGGAUACCGGUCUUCGAACGGACCCCGACCGGUGCUAGAAGGAGCGGCUCGAAAUUGGCCCGGUUCCUCUACUCUCCGAGCCCAUCGUCUGUUACGGCGGACACGUCACUACCCAGUCCGUGAAGUUGUGCGCAGCAAGAUUGGUUCCAGUAGCGAAAUCUUGCCAGAUGAAAUCGUCGGCUUUUUUGGGCGGGGGAGAGGGGGCAGUUUCGAAGGCGACCCUCCUUGGAAAUCAUCCAUUUACGACUUCCGGCUCCUCCGCCUCAUUGCUCUCGCCUUAAAACGUAGCCCGGCCCGCCAGCAAGAAUAAUCGCAGUGGUAGGGACUCGCUGAUGUACUUGAGUCACCGUUAGAGAGCCACGACCGCUUUGUAGACCUCAGUCCUGGGUCCUUUUAAUGUCGUCAUUACUCUGUAUCGGGUCUCUACAUCGGACCUCUACGCCUUAUGUCUUGGUGGGGGGCUUCUAACCCAGCCGACAAGUACGAGAAGUCCCUGGAAAUACGGAAAGGCCACGUAAGGGUGUAAAUAGAGCCCAUUGAGAGGCUUCCCCGCCUCAGAGCGAAGUGGGAAUUUAGCAUUAACCUGGUCCGUUUUGCUUCACGGAGACGGCUCCUUGGCACGACGGAGGCCCCGAAGUGGAUCUCCUUGGGUUCGAUUAGGCGGGGCCCGUCCGCCCGCCGCAGAUUGUUCAGCUCUCCACAUCGCCGCGCACGGGUUGGCCUGGUGGUAGUUUCCUGGGCAGAAUCCAAGAGCAGGGCUUGGGUUUUCCGUUUUUUAUUUUACUGUUUCAGAAAGAGCUCUGACUCCCACAGUCCCGCUUCCAGAGAUGGCAGAGUUCGGGAUCCGUGGCUAGAGGCUGGAAACCCGCCUUCGGAACAGACCCUUAGGAGCAGGUUGUCUGUGACGUUCAAGUUAUUGGGGAGACACCGGCCCGUGGAUGCCGCGGAGGUGGGGAGGGAAGGAAUACCCACUUUGGCGGGGAUGGCCUCGGUUUCCUCACUCCCGGGCUGUUGGGCCGUGAGACUCGCUCGGAAUCGGCCCUUUUGAGGAAAGGAAGGUGGGCGGCUUUUAAUAGCCCAGGACGGAUGGCAAAAUGAGGUUUUGGGGGGCCGGAGGUUGGAAUUCAAGACACGUACACCGUUCGCUUGGGCCUCCGGUGGAGAUCUCUAACAACUCUACGCCCAGGAAUCGCGGGACGCUACAACUUGAAAAGACGUCCGUCGCUCGCGGGGGUAAUGGAAAGAUACCCUUCUCGCUCGAUAUCCUGCUCUCAGAUUCUGAGAACACGGGCUUGCUCUCUUAUCGAAGAAUCCUUGUCCCAAGUAAAUGUUUAAUAUAUUGCAAAUAAUCCUUUUUCUAAUGUUCGUAAAGGGAAAAAAAACCACAUUAUUGUGACGUUCCGGCAUAUGAUGAUUCCGAUUUAUAUUUAUGAUGCAGUUUUCAAUUUGGGGUAUAGGUGUUGGUUUUUCUGCUACAAGCGUUGUGAGACUGAGAAUGUUUCAUUUUAAAAGAUUUUUCUAAGAGUCCGAGUAAAUGUUUUGUGUUU